GAGAAGCAAAAGGGUGAGCCACUGAACACUGCUGACCUGAAAUUGAGAUUUUUUUGGUAUUUUUUAAAAAAUCUGUUAGACCUAUACUAUAUAAAAAUUGUACAUGGAAAAAAGGGCUAAUUUGAGGAAAAUACAAAUAGAAAGUGAAGUAAGAAAUGAUUACCAAUUAUAUUAAAAUAGAACGAAAAAUUAUCCCUAUUAUAUAAAUUAUAAUAAAUUGCAAAAGUAAAGCCUUCUUUAGUAAGUUCUGAUUCUUAGCCUUAGUCUUAGUCUUAGUCUUAGUGUCUUAGUCUUAGCCUUAGACAGGGCCAGACUAAUUAAUUUUGUCUGUUUUGUAAUCAUUUUUAUUUAUUACAUUUUUAUAUUUAUGAAAUGUCGCCUCGCGAACUUCACAAAUCACACUUAAAAUACUAAAAAUUACUAUAAAAAAUACAAUUGUCCUGUCGUCUAUUGCUUUACUUUAUUUUCAUUCAACUAGCCGUCACAUCUGGCUGGUCUUCUUACUAUUUUAAUUUUAUUCACAUUCACAUGGUUUGAUUUUUGAACGCAGUACUCUCAAUUAAAUUUAAAAUGAAUAGCCUAAAUUUAAAUCAUCUUUCUCAGCUCACCCAGCCUCUGUUGUCAAAUAAGCCUACACAUGAAUGACAUUAUGUCACAUGUUACACUAUCUUAUAUUACUAUCUUAAUCUUAUAUCUACUAAUGUUAUAUCUACUAUGUUUUUAAUUUUGUGAUUGUCAGAGAUAACUUUGACUUGCUAUGCUAGAUUUAGUAGAAGUCUAUAAGUGGGCGAAGUUGUUUCCUUAAUGUGGAAUUUAAUGAACAAAUGACAAUUCAAUAGAGAAACGAGAAAGUCAUUAAUAUUAGGGCUAGGGCCUACUAAUUAAUAGUAAAAAGUAGGGCCCGUUAGUAGUAGUUGGCAUGACCACAGAAAUUAUUAUAAAGCAUAAGAUUUUAAUUAAAAUCAUGCCCCAUCAAUCAUUAAUGGACAAAUGACAAUAAACUUUUCUCCAUGCUCAUCAGUACAGAGAUGUAAAUGAUCAUAUGUCCUAGAGUUUCAUAGGUUAGUUAAUGAUCAAGAAGUUGACAAUAAAACCCAAUUUGAAUCAGGUGCUAUAUUCUAUAUAUUUGCAAAAGUUAUGACAAAAUAUGUUUUUUUGAGAGACUCUCACAAUUGGCAACCUGUUGAAAAUAAAUAUUUUAUUCAUCAGUAUAGGGUAUUUAAUUUUUUCCAUUUUUAGAUGAAUAUGCAAACUAUUAUACAGUCCGAACUUGGGCAUCUAAAGAAGACAGCUGUAAGUCAUUUUGAAAAACAUUGCAGAUCUCAAAAUUAUGUUCUGGGCUUUUAAUAUAUAUUAUAUUUUAGGCCUAAUUGUACUCACUCAAUCUUUCUGGCGGUCUCUAAAAUCCUUAUCUCCAUGCCCAUAUGAUUAAAAUAUUAAACAACUUUUUUAGCAUUGAGGUAAACUUUUUACAACCCAGACCUCAAUAUCUUAAUGCUGAAAAUUUUUACUUUUUUGUUUAUGAAUUUUCAGCAAAUUAACAGUUUAUUUUGGGUCUCAUGCAUUGCCAUCCAAUGUCCUUAUCUAGAAACACACCAGAAACAAUACUGGCGGGUUUUAAGUGUUACACUAGUUGAAGAAAGUGUAUUGUAAUGCAUUGGGAUUGAGCAUCAGCUUUCAUUCUUUAAGGCACAACUUUAUUUCCCUUCAACAGAACAGACGCCACCCACUUCAGUAUAAGUUAUCAAGACUUAACUGUAUCUACCUAUUACAUUAAACAGAAACUUUAUUAGUCAUUUAAUUUUGGUGUAUAAAAAUAAUAUAUAAAAUAAUGUUUCACAGAAAGUAUAUCACAAGCAACAAAAUGCCAAUAUCUUUUUCCUAUCUUCUGUGAAUGAACAAAUGUUAGAUUCACAACGUGAGUGAACUAUUUUAUUAAAUUUUUAUUAUUAUUUAAAUCAAUAUAAUGGUUUCAUAAAUUGUUUUGUUGAAAUACUCAUUAACUUUUAUUUUGAAGUGCUUGUAUUAUUUCAGAUUAUAUUUUAGUUUCUUAUAUUUGUAUUUUUUUUUUAAAUUGUAUUUUUAAAAAAAGAACUUGUGAUUUUCAAAUUUUUUUUUUAUGAACAGGCACACUGGACAAGUUGAAAGCAGAGCUCAAAAGAAUGGAGUACAAAAAUUGAUAGUAGCCCUUUAAAAUUAAUUCAUCUGCAUUUGUCAUCACUCUUAACUUAAAAAACAUACAUGACAGUUGAUUGCAUCAAUCAAUAAAAUAAAAUGGAUAUUCAUCACUGAAUAUUGGAGAAAGGAGUCUUUUCUUCAACCCAAAAAAUCUUGUUCCAUUAUUUAUUUACUUUACAUUUCAUGAACGCAGUCUGUCAUAUAUGAACACAUUCAUGAAUAUUUGUUAUGUUUGAUUUGUUUGUCCAUGGUUUUCAACAUGUCUCAGACACAAUUUCAUUACCAGUAGGUUCCACUUAUCUUGGAGAGCUGUUAACUGCACACAUUUUGAUCAUCAAAACCAAAUUUUGACAAUCCUUAACUUACUGAUUCUGAAAUAAGUAGUUUAAUAAAAAAAAAAUACAUCUAUGUCAAUUGCAAAAUAUUUAAGCCAAGGGAGCAACAUUAUUAUAUUUUUUGUUCAAUUAUUAUUAUUUAUAUACCGGUACCAUGCCAUUUAAAGAAAAGACCAUGCAUUGAAAGGUAAAGAAAAUUAUAAAAGGUUUUGCUUCUAAAAUCGUUUUUUUUUUUUUUAAAUAUAUUUGGAUUUUCCAUGGAUGAAUUAUGAAUUAUAGCUUUUUUUUUAUAAGACUUGGUAUAUUUCCAGAAACUAAUCCACCAUAACAAAGAGUUACAUCUAUGUCAAGGUGAUUAAACUCAUAAAACUUAUUGGUCUCACUAGGUAUUCUAUUUUAAAACAUACCAAUUACAAGUUGUUUUAAUUUUUAUGAAUGUGAAUGCAUUGUUGCUGGUCUCUUUUCUUUUUGAUAAGAAAGUAAGUAUGAAGAUCUUAUUUAGGUUGAUAGAUAUUAUGCUUAAAAAUGAAUCAUUUGAUCAGUUUAAUGUUAAAAGACCUAAAUCAUUGAUGCUAGUACUUGUGUUCCAAAAAAUAGGGUCCAUUCAAACAAAUUAAGAUUAAAAAAACAUGCUAAUAUUUAAAAUGUUUUUUUCCCUUCAUUAUUAAAUGUUAAAGGAAAAAUCUAGUCAGACUGAUUUAUAUUUUAUUUUUCAGUACACUGACUAAAUAUUGAUAGUAUUUUAUUGUUUUUGCAUACCGGUAUUAAAAUUAAUUAUGUUUAUUUUAAAUGAUUCAAGAUUUUAUAAAUCAUAAUAAAAGUCUAAGAACACUAAGAUUUAUAUUUGAUACUCCCUCUUU